GGCAGCGCCCGCACCCCCAGCGAGCAGCGCCGCAUCCGCCGCCACCGCUUCUCCAUCAACGGCCACUUCUACAACCACAAGACGUCUGUGUUCACGCCGGCGUACGGCUCUGUCACCAACGUGCGGAUAAACAGCACGAUGACAACACCCCAGGUCCUCAAACUGCUGCUCAAUAAAUUCAAGAUUGAAAACUCAGCAGAGGAGUUUGCGCUGUACAUUGUCCACACCAGCGGGGAGAAGCAGAAGCUGCGAGCCAGCGAUUACCCCCUGAUCGCCCGCGUCCUGCAAGGCCCCUGCGAGCAGGUCUCCAAGGUCUUCCUCAUGGAGAAGGACCAGGUGGAGGAAGUCACCUACGAU